AUGGCUGGGAUUAUGGACACCGUUUCCAACCUGAUCAACAAGAUCACGGGUCCGGCCGAGGAGGUACCCCGCGAGCCGUCCGCCGAUGAGUUCAAGCAUCUCCAGAAGAAAUACACCGACGCCGGACAGGGUCAAGUUUUCGCCUUUGUCGACGAGCUCGAGACCGUCGACAAGUCUCGACUCUACCACCAACUAUCCACAUUCGAUGUGACCCGCAUCAACGAGCUGGCCGACAGGGCUCUCAACCCACCCAAGACCGAGGAGACUGCUGCCACCCUGGAGCCCCUCCCGGCCUCGGCGACGGCCUCGAUCAUCGAUUCAGAUCCUACCGAUCUCAAAAACUGGUAUAAUGCUGGUCUGAAGGAGGUCGCCGACAAUAAGGUGGCCGUGGUGCUGAUGGCCGGUGGUCAGGGUACUCGUCUUGGCAGCUCCGCUCCCAAGGGCUGCUUCGAUAUUGGCUUGUUGAGCGAAAAGUCGCUGUUCCAACUCCAGGCCGAGCGUAUUGUGAAGCUCCAGGAGUUGGCGAACCAGGCUCACGGUACUCAGAGCGCCGUCAUCCCCUGGUAUGUGAUGACCAGUGGGCCAACCCGCAAGCCUACUGAAGAGUUUUUUGAGAAAAACAAGUUCUUUGGUUUGAGCAAGGAGAAUGUCUUUAUCUUUGAGCAGGGCGUUUUGCCCUGCAUCUCAAAUGAUGGUAAGAUUAUUAUGGAGAGCAAGAGCAAGGUAGCCGUCGCUCCGGAUGGAAACGGUGGUAUCUAUCAGGCUAUCGUUACAUCGGGCGUUCGUGAAGAUAUGCGCAAGCGCGGCAUUCAGCACAUCCACGCCUACUGUGUGGACAACUGCCUUGUCAAGGUUGCCGACCCCGUCUUCAUUGGGUUUUCCGCCUCCAAAAAGGUUGACAUUGCCACCAAGGUGGUGCGCAAGCGGGAUGCUGCCGAGUCUGUUGGUUUGAUCCUGCAGAAGAACGGCAAGCCCGAUGUGGUUGAAUAUUCGGAGAUCGAUCAGGCGACCGCUGAAGCCAAGGACCCUAAGGAUCCGGAGUUGCUCAAGUUCCGAGCUGCCAACAUUGUCAACCACUACUACUCCUUCAGCUUCUUUGAGUCCAUCGAGAAUUGGAUGCAUAAGCUGCCUCACCACGUGGCUCGCAAGAAGAUUCCCCACGUCGACCCGGAGAGCGGCGAGGCGGUCAAGCCUACUAGCCCCAACGGUGUCAAGCUGGAGCAGUUUGUCUUUGAUGUGUUCCCCAUGACUCCCUUGGAGAAGUUUGCCUGCAUUGAGGUCCGUCGUGAGGAUGAAUUCUCCCCUCUGAAGAACGCCGCCGGGACUGGCCAGGACGAUCCCGACACCAGCCGUGCCGAUAUCAUGAAGCAGGGCCAGCGGUGGAUCGAGGCCGCAGGCGGCAUUGUGGUCACCGAGGGUGACAAGUUUGGUGUGGAAGUGUCUCCAUUGAUCAGCUACGGCGGUGAGAACUUGGAAUUCCUGCAGGGCCGCGAGAUCAAGGCUCCGGCGAUCAUCGAGAAGGAGGAGGACUAG